CCCAGUGAGGGCACGGAAGUGGGUCGCGCGAAGAUUGCUGGGCGGUUCUUGCCGGAAGUGGAGAGCGGCUGAUCGCAGUCCCGAGGUGAGGCAGAUCUCUGAGGUGCUACAUUAUGGCUGACAUGCAAAAUCUGGUAGAAAGGUUGGAGAGAGCGGUGGGCCGCCUGGAGGCAGUCUCCCAGGCCUCUGACAUGCACUGUGGGUAUGCAGACAGUGCUGCAAAAGCAGGAACGACUCCAUAUGUGCAAGCAUUUGAUUCACUCUUGGCCGGUCCUGUGGCAGAGUACCUCAAGAUCAGUAAAGAGAUUGGGGGAGAUGUGCAGAAGCAUGCGGAGAUGGUCCACACGGGUCUGAAGUUGGAGCGAGCGCUCUUGGUUACAGCCUCUCAAUGCCAGCAGCCAGCAGGCAAUAAGCUUUCCGAUUUGUUGGCACCCAUCUCCGAGCAGAUCCAAGAAGUGAUAACCUUUCGGGAGAAGAACCGAGGCAGCAAGUUGUUCAAUCACCUGUCAGGUGUCAGCGAAAGUAUCCAGGCCCUGGGCUGGGUGGCUAUGGCUCCCAAGCCCGGUCCCUAUGUGAAGGAAAUGAAUGAUGCUGCCAUGUUUUAUACAAACCGAGUCCUCAAGGAGUACAAAGAUGUGUAAGUCCAGCCUGUCCUCAAGGGGUAAAGGACAAACCCAGCUGGUUACUUGCUGGAGUAGUGCUUUGGGUUAAGUUUAGACUGCCUUUGGCUGCUGUGUUGGUUCUCUUAUCUCAGGGCUGCUUUUUGGAAAGUUUGAUAGAUAUUGGCUCAUAGAAGCUGUAUUUGCAAGCAGGAAGUGUUUCUGUUUCCUCUUCUGCUUUUUCUCCAGGGUUUGUAGAGGACUUUUGAGUCUUCUCAUCCUUACCCUUCCAGGUUUAGGAGGUAAAAUGGACUAAUGCCCUUUUAUUUGCCUGUGUGGUCAAGAUUUUGUUCCUUUGUUGAAAACUUCUAACUGGCCCAGUUGCAAAAGAUUCAGUAAGAUUUACUAGAAAAUGACCCUGACUAUUCACGUGGUCAGGUAAAGUGAGAUGAAGGCUGCCUGACCACUGCAGGUAUUGCACAAGGGGAGUCACUGUACGUCCAACCACACGAGUCCACCAGUGC